AUCUCUUUAAAUGUUCUUCAAACAUCACUCUCUUUAGCCUUUUAAACUUUGUUAUUACUAUAUAACAAUUAGUUUCUAUUAUUACUAGCUAGUAUCUACCUUGUUUCCUUAAAUUUGUUUAUAAGUAUAUAUACCUUCAAAUUUAUCAACAUAUCCUAAUCCUUGGUAUCUAUAUUAUUCCUUCUCUGCCUCUCCUCUGUUUUCCUCUGUUUUAGAAACAGGGGAUUUGGAACAUUUGGAGAUUUUUAGAAGUUUCAAGUUUCAUAUUUUUCCUCAAAUGUUAAGGAAAAGCAAAAGGGUGUGCUUUAGUCCUGAUUCAAGUGACAAAACAACCAUAUUUCUCAAGCAUGGUACUUGUGUCGGCUACGACGGCAGUGGCGGCGGUGGAUGUGGCGGCAGAGUGUUGGGAAGCAAGAAAAGGAUGAUUGGAUGUUGGAAUUUCGGAUUGCUCAAGGAAUCAUCAUCACCUGUUAAAUUUCUAGUCAAGCUUGGAUCAAAAGUAGCAAAUGCUAUUGGAAUUGCCUCCAUGAGAAGGAGAUCCUCAAGGAAAGUUUCUUCAUCGGCUUUGGCACGAUCGCAGUCGCUGGCAGGCCCCAUCGACUCACAUCGCGCCAAAGCCGUCGAAGAUUGCAUUGAGUUUUUGCACUCUUCUUCCUCUAGGGAGAGACCAAGUUCAGUUUCAGAAAUUUCUGGUUAGGGAAUUUUUAGUUUUUAGUUUUUGGUGAUUGUUAAUUGCAAGAUAUGUAUAUUUAGAGAAAGUGAAUUGUUACAUAGCCAGAAUAGUUUUGGCAUGAUCUUUGAAUGGUUGAUAGCAUUACCACAUUGUUAUGACAAAUUGUUCUGGCUAGUUGUCUAGCAUUAGUUCUUUUUAUUUUUUAUUUUUUAUUUUUGGAUUGACAUGUUCAUUCGUAUUAGGAAAAAGUGUUUAAUCCUUGUGAACUAUGCCACUAUGGUAGUGGAGUUUGUGUAGAGUUUCCAACAGUGAACAUUGGCUCCAUCAUGUUACUUUGUUAAUGAAGUUUGAGUAACUCAUAAGAACAUUGGC